AAGACUGUUUUAAAUUUCUAUAGACAAUAUAAUUUUAUCAAAUAAUUGUAAAAUGAAUAUAGUUCAUUUUAGAAUUAUUUGAUAAAACUUUUGCCGAUCCAGUUCCUAUUUUUGUAAGCUGUUACUAAAACCUCGUUGUGAAGGGCUUGUUGUGACGUCAUAAAUGUGUGAGAUCGUAGAUGGCGGGAAGUUGGACAGAAGUAUAACCAUUAUCGUUCAACAUGACAUCACCUGGACGUCCAAAUCGAAAGGGGAAAAAGAAAAAGAGUCAAGAUGAUACAUUUCAAUAUUCUGAUAUGUGUUUAUUUUGUGAAACAACAGAUGACAACGAAGAAAUUUUCGGGCGUAAAGUACAAAAAUGUAGAAUGACAGUCCAUUAUUUCUGUAUGCUUUUUUCAAGUGGGCUUUCACAGAAAGGUAAAACAGAAGAAGACGGGAUCUUUGGGUUUCUACCGGGAGAUAUCUGGAAAGAAAAAUCCAGAGGUUCACGUCUUAAAUGUACGUUCUGCCGUAGAAAUGGAGCUACGAUUGGUUGUGUUGUGAAAAACUGUCGUAAAGUCUUCCAUUUUGGAUGUGGCCAAAAAGCUGGUGCUUUGAACCAAUAUUUUGACUCCUAUAGUUCAUUCUGUCCCAGCCACAGACCUCGACAAGCAUGCCAAGUGAGUGACCGCUUAUCCUUCUUUGGAACUGCCAACAGUAUGUGUGUAAUCUGCAUGAAUGCUGUAGAAGCUCGUGCCUCCAAUGACACACUGCGAGCACCAUGCUGCAAGAACACCUGGUUCCAUCGUACAUGUAUCCAACGUCAAGCAUUAGCUGCUGGAUUACACUUCUUCAAAUGCCCUCUAUGUUGUAAUAAAGAACUAUUUCAGGCAGAGAUGUUACAAAUUGGAAUCUAUAUUCCUGAGCAAGAUGCUGCUUGGGAAAUGGAGCCCCAUGCCUACCAAGAGCUGCUGGAGCCAUACACUCAUUGUGACCUUGAUGUUUGUUUGUGUCCACGGGGUCGAAAGUACAACAAAGAUGACAGCAAAUGGGAAAUUAUCGUGUGCCAUUGGUGUGGUUCUCAAGGAUGCCAUGUAGGCUGUAUCUCAAACAAGUCCCUCUCUCGGCCCACCCGAUGGUCAUGUCCUCCUUGUGAGGCUAUAGACUGUGAACUGCGAAAAGAACGUAAAAAAAAAAAAUGUUCACCUAAACAAGCUGACUAUUCUGUCGACAUGCCAGCAAGCAAGUCAAACCAAAAACUAUGUCCAAGUGAAUGUGUAAGCCGUAAGCUGCCUGUAAAACGUUCAACCACUCUAAACAGUAACACAGAUGUCAGAGAUGAUAAUAGUGACAGUCAGAAUGCUAAUAAUAACAACAAUAACAGUAAUGAUAUCUCUCCAGUAACUUAUAGAAAACCUGGAGUGAAAAUUAGUCGGAGAAAUUUUUGGAAACGAGGUAUGUUUAAACGGAACAAGAAGAAAAAGCCUGCUACCCUUACACUGGCUGAAGCAUUACAAUCUGGCACUGUGUCUAACUGCAAUAAUCCUCAAAUUUCUACUCCAGGAAGCCCUGUAGCAACUUGUUCAGGUGUAAUAAACAAAGAAUGUGAAGGUGGAUCUUCAUUGCAACAUUCAAACUCUUCAUUAGACCUCACUCCAAAAUUUAAUAAAGCAUUCCAGAAACACAGAAAACAAAAAAAUUCUGAAGCUGAUGUGCUUGUUGACAUCAAAAACCAGACAAAGCUCUGUGUUAAUAAUUCUAAAUGUGCUAAAAGUGGUUUGGAAAAGAACUCCAAAAGCCAAAUGAAUGUCCCCUAUGUUCUACGUAGGCGUGGUAAGGCUGGUGCAUCUUCGGCUUCACCAUCCAAACACCAGAGUCGCAGAAGACUGCGUUCUGACAUGAAAAGUGACCUUGCUGCACCAUGGACUGUGCCAAGGAAAAUCUGUGAAAAUGUUCCCCAUAAGAGAACUAAGCUUGUUGACUUAACUAUGAAUAGUGGCAAUAUGGUUGAAAUUGAUUUAACGAGCCCGUCCAGUAGCUAUCUUGAUAUAAGUAGAGAAACUGGUCAAAUAUCUGACAUCUCUGAGGAGAUGGUUGGUAACUCUGCAAUGUCACUGAUUUCCAAAGCUAAACAAAGCCGUAAUUAUUUCAACAAAGAAAACUCUAAUGUUGAUCCUUUAGUUAGCUGUGACUGUAAUGACUGUUCAUGUUUUGUACUGAUUUCUGAUGAUGAUGAUGAUGAUUUCAUUCAGAUACCAGUAGUCUUAAGUGAUUCAGAAGAAGGAACUGUCUUUGACAAUCUGCAAGAUGAGAAGUGUGAUGUUGCUUCAUGUGACUGCAAGUCUGUUAAUUGGGAGUAUAAUAAACUCAAACUGUCCAUUGAAAAAGAAUCAUUUUCAGGAAAUUCUGAUAGUCAAAAUCUCAUUUCCAGUUGUUACCAAAAGCAACUAGUACAAGCAGCUUCUUGCUCUUCAUCAUCAUCUCUUUCCAGCAGUUUUUCAUCCAUCAUCACCCUAAGCACUUCUGAGACUGAACUUGGCAAAGGUUGUGGAGAACUGGAUAGUAACUCUUGUGCUUUCGAAUCCAACACAGUUUUCUAAAUCAAAACAAAUAAGACAUUUGUAUUUGUGUCCACUAACAUUUACAUAUCACCAAAACAAUAAAGCAAAGUAUCAUCA